UUGCCCUCUCCGGCGGCUAACGCGUUCACCACCACAUCAUGCGGAUCCCUUCGAGAUAUACGCAAAACUCCAGACACCUUCGGUCUGGAUACACUGCCUUGGACACCAAAGUCACCAUGCUCUUCUAUUGUACUUCAAAACAAAAACUUUUGCUUCAGAAAAGGACCCGACACUUCCGUCAUCUAUCAACCAGAAGGCCAUCCACGACAGUCCACUAUAGAUGGAGAAAUUUGGCCACCGAUUUUCCAACCAGAACAUGUGCGGUCGGCGAAGACCAUGAAGGUCGAAGAUGACGAUGUUUUUGUCGUGACAUAUCCAAAAUGUGGCACCACAUGGAUUCAACACAUCUGUCAUCAACUGAUUCGUGGCGAAAACUACCAGGCCAGUGAAGGAAAUGAGAUGUGCGUACAGAGUCCGAUGAUCGAGCGCAUGGGAGCAAAGUUCCUUUACACCGUCCCUUACCCACGCAUUCUUAAGACUCAUUUCUCGAUUUUAAACGUGCCGAAAAGCACCACGGCGAAAUACAUAUACUGUGUGAGGAAUCCAAAAGAUUGCUGCACGAGCUACUUCCAUCAUAAUCGCAACUUCAAAAUCUACAAUUUCGCAGAGGGUGAAUGGGACACAUUUGUGGAUCUCUUCCUCUCCGGUCAACUCGCCUUUGGCGGCUAUUUCGACCAUCUAUUAGGAUGGUUGCCACUAAUCAACGAGCCGAAUGUUCUCUUUCUCAUGUAUGAGGACAUGGUGAAUGACUUGGAGGGGAGCAUUUAUAAGAUUGGAAUGUUUCUUGGUGGAGAGGCCAUGAACAUGGUGAAAGAUUCCGCUCGUCUAGAAAUGGUCGUAAAGAACAGUAGUAUCCAAGCCAUGAAGAAGGAUCAGAAACGCUGGUUCCCCGAGUCACAAUUAAACAAGAACGAAUUCAUUCGCAAGGGAGGCAUUCGUGACUGGAAGAAUCACUUCACAAGAGAGCAGAGCGACCGCAUGGAUGCCAUUUUUCGGACUCGCCUGUCAGGAACGAUCGCGGAGAAAUGGUGGCAAGAGGAGAUGGAUUGGGAUAACCUACCUAUUUCUUCGAAUGGUCGUCUUGAUAUCGAAGAUGACAUCGAAUCUCAAGUGUCUUACUUUCCUCCCCAUCUGAUCGAUCGCCGUUAUUCGCUCGUCUCGUUAUUGUCAACUGGAUAUGGAUCGACGUGGUCGCUCUCUAGCUCCCGAAUUCUACUCGUUACUAGGGAUUUGUCUAAAAACUCUGUUGCCCUCUGA